GUUUCUGCUCCUCGAUGGUGGAUGUGGCGGAGGUGGAUGACGGGAAGGAGGAACCGGAGGAGGAAGAAGUGUGUGUGUGAUGACGCCUCCGCUGGUUCGCUCCUCUCUCGGCCUCCUGCUGAAAGUCACCGGCUCGUUGUCUGCCUCCAGAAUCAAACUCGUCGCACAAGCAGCAGCUCUUCCUCAUCUCCGUGGGAGAACCAUGCACUACCUCACGGAGGAGAGAGGACGACCUCAUUCUCCUGACUACCGGAUCUAUUUUAAAACCUCUGAUGGGAAAUAUGUUUCACCGUUUCAUGACAUUCCACUUAUAGCUGACCUGGAACAGGACAAUGAUGUACCAGCUAAAAAACCCAAGCGUAAUGAGAAAGAGGUGCUCUUUAACAUGGUUGUAGAGGUACCUCGAUGGUCAAAUGCUAAAAUGGAGAUUGCUACAAAGGAACCACUGAAUCCGAUCAAACAAGAUGUAAAGAAAGGCAAACUCCGAUAUGUUGCCAACAUAUUUCCCCAUAAAGGAUACAUCUGGAACUAUGGAGCUCUCCCACAGACAUGGGAGGACCCGAACCACACAGAUGCAGAAACAACAUGUUGUGGUGAUAAUGAUCCCAUUGACGUUUGUGAAAUCGGGGCCCAGGUGUGUUUUCCAGGUCAGGUGAUCCAAGUGAAAGUGCUUGGCAUCUUAGCCAUGAUUGAUGAGGGCGAAAUGGACUGGAAGGUCAUUGCUAUUAAUGCUCAGGACCCGGAUGCCAAAAAUCUAAACAGCAUAGAGGAUGUCCGCAAGAGCCGACCCGGUCAUUUAGAGGCAACGGUUGACUGGUUCAGGAAAUAUAAGGUGCCCGAUGGAAAGCCUGAGAACCAAUUUGGAUUCAAUGGACAAUUCAAAGACAAGGACUUUGCAGUUGAGAUCAUCAAGUCCACCCAUGAGCACUGGAGGGCACUAGUGCAGAAGCAGACAAAUAGUGAAGGGAUUGAAUGCAAAAAUAUCUCUUGCUGUGAGAGUCCUUUGAAAUGCAGUGCUGAUGAGGCCAGAGAUGUCGUCCAGUCGGCCCCAACAGUUGGUAGCCCACAUCCUGUGUCUCCAGAGGUGGAUAAAUGGCAUUUCAUCUGAAACCCUUAAGACAAUAUGGAAACACACAGAAGCAUCUAACAUCCGAUGAAGAUUUAUCUAUAUGCAGCUGGAUUUAUUUUUGGUAGGAACUCUUCCUCAGCUGUGUAAAGUGCCAUCUACAUUUGCCAUCCAAUCGUUUGCCAUAGAGAAAAA